AUGGAGUACAGCUGGAUGCCGAACUGCCCGAACACCUGUGGAGGGCACACCAAUACAGAAUGCAAAGAUAUGGAUAUCGGCUGCAUGUGUGCAGACGAAAAGUACAUCCUAACCAGCGUGUGCUGUAUAAGCAAGACAUGCGGCACGUUUAGUAUCUCUUAUGCCAAAACGUAUAUCAACAGCUACUGUCAAGAGUGGAAAGUGACACCCCCCAACAUAACCAAUCUGGAUUGCGCAAAAGCAGCCUCGAGCAGCCUCAUCGCCACAACAGCCACAUCGACAGCCGGAACCAGCUCAGCGACGUCCUCAUCACAAUCUUCAGGAGCUUCAGCGAAUGAUAAAUCAGAGGCAGUACCAAAUAUUGGCAUGAUUGCCGGCGUCGCAGGUGGAGUUGGCUUUUUGGUUCUGUCUCUGAUUGGUGCCGCCAUCUUUUUCUACUGUCGUCGGAAAAGAGAGGCAGAGGAGAGGAGAGAGGCAGCAGCAAAGGCAAGCCAAGCAAAGCAAGAUUUCCCCCCGUCAAACUCGCAUUCUUCAACACUGGAAGCCGUGCAUAAGAGCGAGCUCUCCCAGACACACACAUCGCCGUAUGGGCAAAAUCAGGUUGCCUCCCAGCCUUGGCAACAGAACUAUCCCGGAGUGUCGCCGUACAACGCAAGCUGCGAAAAUAUGCAGCCAGUACCGCCCAGCUCUCCUCUCAAUAAUGGUGGACAUUGGUCCGAGCUUGGCAACGAUGGUGCCCGACCUCACGGAUCGGAGCUGGCUGGUAGAGCGUUACUCCCUCCACGUCCUGAAUUACAAGGAAUGUCGUUUAUUACAAGAAACCCAUAUCCGUCCGAAUUAGCCCCGAACGAACCUACGUAUCAGCGGUGA